GUGUUAUUAUACAGUUGUAUAACAAUCAAUGGUAAAAGUGAAAAGAAUUUAAAGUGAAUGACUACAAUAAUAUUUCAUCAUAAUUUGUCCCAAAUAGUGAAUUUAAGUUUAAAUAUUCCACAGGUUUUACAAAACAUAACCUCAUUUAGUUGGCAAAUUGAUUUAUUUUGUUAAUUUUAAAUAAUACAAAAACAUAUUAUUUUCGUAAAUGAACUAUUAUAUUAAAGAAGAUAAUUGAGUGAAUUGAAAGUAUGUCUGGGUCUGAGAGUGAUAGGAGCCUUAGCCCAACAGGGCCUGCACCUACACCAGGCUAUGGUUUAGACAAAUCUAGAUCUCCUACACCAGAUUUUAUUAGAUCAUACUCCAGUCGCAGCAGAUCUAAUAGUGCUGGUUCAAACAGGUCAAAUUCUGGAUCAAAUAGAUCUGGAAGUCCAAGAUCUAUUCAUUCAAACAGGUCCGGUAGUAGAACAUCCAAUCAUUCACAAAGCAGAGGCUCAAAUCAUUCUGGUAGUAGGGGUUCAAACCAAUCAGGCAGUAGGAUUUCUAACCAUUCAAGAAGAAGCAGAUCUUCCCCCAGAUCAGGUAGUAGAAAUUCUAAUAGAUCAGGAAGUGGACAAUCUAAUAGAUCAGGAAGCAGAGGAUCUAAUUAUUCAGGAAGUAGGGCCUCUAAUAGAUCUGGGAGUAGAUCAAACAGAUCUAGAAGUCCUGGCUCCAAUAGAUCAGGAAGUCCUGCUUCUAAUAGAUCAGGGAGCAAAGUCUCAAAUAGAUCUAGUAGCCAUGUUUCUCGAAGAUCUGGUAGUCAUGUUUCACGACGAUCAGGAAGUAAUGUAUCUCGAAGAUCAGGAAGUAAUAUUUCUCAAAGGUCAGGGAGCCAUAUUUCUAAAAGAAGUAGAGGAAGCAAUGCUUCAAAUAGGUCAAGAUCUGGUAGUUCUGGUUCGAACAGGUCCAGAUCAGGAAGUCCAGUUUCAAAUAGAUCACGAUCUAGAAGCGCAGCCUCAAACAGAACAGGGUCGCGUAGAUCUAGAUCUAAGAGUGGCGAUUCUAAUAAAAGCGGUGGGUCGCGGAGAUCAAGAUCAAAAAGUAUUGCAUCGCGCAGAUCAAGAUCUAAAAGUGUUGCUUCACACAGAUCUAAGAGUGUCGCAUCAAACCGGUCAAGAUCUAAAAGUGUCGGCUCCAAUAGAUCUAGAUCUAAAAGUGCUGCAUCUAAUAGAUCUAGAUCUAAAAGUGCUGCAUCCAAUAGAUCAGGGGGCUCAAAAAGGUCCAGGUCUAGAUCAAAAAGCGUUAUAACUAAUAAAAGUCGCUCCAAGUCGAAAUCCAAAUCAAGAAGUCGUUCACUCAGUCCAGAUUUGGAAGUUGAUGCAUCAUCACCUAAGAGUGAUAAACGCGCUAGAGAUAGUUCAUCUGAACGCCAUAUAAAUACUAAAAAGAAAAGUAAAAUAAUUGAUUCAGACAGUGAGCCUGAACCGGAAAAAGCAGAAGAGGCAGAAGCCGAUGCAGCAGCUCUAUUUGGUGAUGCCGAUGACAUUAGCAGUGAAGAAGAAAAAGAAAAGAAGGACAGUGACGAUGAAGAUAGACGCGAUGAUAGAAGAUCCGAUGACGACGAUAGACGACGAUCGGAUGAUGAUAAUGAGCGUCAAAACGACGUAGAUGAUGAGAACGAAAUUGAAACUAUCCAGGAAACAAGAAUUGAUGUUAAAAUACCGAAAAUUAGUUGCGAUUUGGGCAGAGAAAUUCAUUUUGUGAAAUUACCAAAUUUUUUGUCUGUCGAGACACGUCCGUUCGAUCAGGAGACAUAUGAAGACGAAAUUGACGAAGAAGAAACUUUAGAUGAGGAAGGCAGAGCUAGGUUGAAAUUAAAAGUUGAAAAUACUAUAAGAUGGAGGGAAGUUGUCACCAAAGAAGGUGAUAUAUUGAAGGAAUCAAAUGCGCGAAUGGUCAGAUGGUCGGAUGGUUCUUUAAGUUUGCAUCUCGGUUCUGAAAUUUUUGAUGUUUAUAAACAACCAUUGCAGGGCGACCACAAUCAUCUGUUCAUUCGUCAAGGUACCGGCUUGCAAGGUCAAGCAGUAUUCCGUACAAAAUUGAGUUUUAGACCACAUUCCACCGAGAGUUUCACUCAUCGUAAGAUGACACUCUCGUUGGCAGAUCGUUCACAAAAGACGACCGGUAUCAAAAUAUUGUCGCAAGUUGGCAUUGAUCCCGACCAAGAUAGAAAGACAUUACUUAAGAAAGAGGAAGAGAAGCUGCGACAAACUACGCGCAUUACGAAACCUAGGAAGAGAGGGGAUGGAAGUGCCAGACUGCAUAGCAGCGUUAAUGCAUACAGAGAGGAAGAUGGAAGUGAUGAAGAAGGUGCAAUCUCGUUGAAUGCUAUUAAGAAUAAAUAUAAGUCUGGAGGCAGUAGCAACGUACCCAAUAAAGGUGGAGCUAUAUAUUCCUCAGAUGAAGAAGGUUCAGAUUUCGAGGCAAGGAGGUCUAGGAAACUGGAUAAACCUAAGGCUUUAAAGGAUUCUGAAUCAAGCGAAGACAGUGAAUAAAUAAGCAUAAGGAGUAUGUAAAUACAUUAUAUUAAAAAUAAAAUAUAUUAAUUUACCAUUUAAAAUGCA